AUGCAUCCCCAUCUCCACACCGAAGAAGUCCAAAAGAACUGCGCAGACGUCGUCGCAGCCCUAGAAGAAUGUCACAACCGCGGAUUUCUUUGGAAAGUAACGGGAAAUUGUACCGACGCGAAAUUUAAAGUCAACAUGUGCCUGCGCGGGCUACGACUCGAGAAGACAAAGGCGAAUCGCGAGGCGGCCAAGGAAAAGAGGGAGAGGAUACAGAAGGUAUGGAAGGAGUUGGACGAGAACAAAUGA